UGUGUCAAAACUCAAAAACCAGUCACAAAAUGAAUGAAUUCACAUGGAUUUUUUGCCUUUUGGUAAUACCCUUUGCUUUAUCUUUCCUCCAAAUGGAAUGAAGAAGCUGAAGUGAACCUUUUUUUGGGCUUAUAAAUAGCUUAGACCGUUUGCCAACAGAUCUGCAGUCUUCGCGUGCUCUCUCACUCUGUUUUGCUUUGCAUUACUAUUAUAUAUCUGUCAUUCUUUAGUCUAUCCGUUUGUUUUGGUUUUUUUUUUCUUAAUACAAAGAAAAAUCUUAUCCACCGGCCCUGACACUGCCACCCUUCUUUUCGUUUUUGUUUGGUCUCGUUUUAUUGUGGCUCGUUUCCUGCUAACGGAUAUACAUCUAUCAAAGAAGUUGUUUUGUUCGUUGGUUGACAAAGAAAGCUUCUUUUAGGAGUCUUAAAAAAACGAAAAAUAAAAAAUAAAAAGUUUUGCCUUUUCUGAUAUGGAAAACAAAAGGCAAGUGAGUGGUGGUUCUUCUUCUUCAUCAUCAUCAUCAUCAUCAUCAUCUCUUUCUUUUGAUCAUCUCUUUGGUCCCAAGGACUCUUCUUCUUCAUCAUCUUCCACAAGUGGGAUUUUUGGGACUAUUUUCCCUCCUCCAUCAACGGUGCUACGGAGGGACUCCAGUGGCUCUGGAAUUUGGGGGUCAUGGAAUAAUCAGGGUUUGCCCCAUCAUGGAAAAUAUGGAAAUCCAGAUCAUACCACUGAUAGAAAGGGACAAAGCAGUGGCACAACAAACAAAGACAAGAGUUCAUCCAUUUAUCAGAAUGAAACAGUGGAACCUUGCUAUUUCAGCUCAUCUAUCUACUAUGGAGGCCAAGAAAAUUAUUCUCCAAGGAAGAAAACCACUGAGUCUCCCCAGUAUUUCAAAAAGGAUGGGGAAGAUGAUGAUCCCAAUGGAAACAAUUCUAGUGGUGCUUCGAGAGGGAAUUGGUGGCAGGGCUCACUUUAUUACUAACAUCUUAAUCCAAAAUAUGCAAAUUUGCCAUCCCAAUACUGUAAGGAACACUGGCUGAAUGAUCAGUCCUACUAUUACUAUGGAAAUAAGCUGGUAGAUUUAACUAGCAGUACAGUAGAAGCAUAUAGAGCAUAAUACAGCUUAGGACUUGUGGAAGAAUUUUGUUUUCUUUUUCUCCCAACUUCCACUUGAGCAAGUCUCACCCUAUAAGCUGAUAUAGAUAGGCCAGACAGUUUGCAGAAUCUUGUAUUAUAAGUUUUUCUACUUUUCUUUUGCCUGACUAGUCUAAUCUCCAUGUACUGAACUGUGCUCUGUGGGAUUUUUGCCCACAAGGAAAUCGAUUUGUAUGACUAUAUAUUGAGAUA